GAAAGGAAUGUAGUCUGAGCUUCUGAGGCGAGCUUCCUACUGAAUCUGGAUGAAUGAACGCUAAAAAUAGAUCGCAAUUGGGUCGAUUGGUAAUAUGGCGGUGAUCCAUAAUUUCAUCCUGUUGGCCGAAUUGAUUAGGCGAAGAGACAGUUAGACUCGUAUAUCGCUUCUGCCUGGCUAUAGUGUUUUCGGACCAGGUAGAGCUACGCCAGCAUCGAUUUUCCUUCGUGGAAUUUACAGGCAUGUUUUACGCUACGCUUGAUGAUGGGCAUAAUUACGUUUCGGAAGUGAAGCGCGAUCAGCCGCGUAGAGAAAUUCAAUACAAUCCGGAUAAAACCUUUGUUUUGGCUUUUUCUGCCACGCUUACACAAGACAUACCAUCCCGGCUAAUCAAGUUAUUACGCCGCUACGUAUCCUCGACGUGUUUAGCCGUUGGUGACGGUGGAGCAUGGAACUGAUCCCGGUGAUAUUUAUGGGACUAUUUGUGGGCGGUACAGGUCUAGUUGGACUGCUGAACAGUCUCAACUGGAUCAAACGUGACUGCAGGAAGCAGUUCAACGGGCGUUUUCUGAUUAAUUCAUUAGCGACGGUCUCCGGCGCCGUAGCCGUGGGGAUUUUUUGCACACUGCUGUUGAUGGGCUUCCUGGAAAAUAUUGUACUUUUAUCGGGGUUCGGCUUUGAUUUGUCCGUGUACGGCGAGCGAGCCGAUCGCGAAUUCUCCGUGUGGUUCAUUGUGGCGUUCAGUCUGAAAGCUGUCCACAUGGUGUGGUUGACAUAUUUACAAUGCGUAAUGGAUAUCUUUAUUGUUGACCAAGAAGAGGGCCGCAGUUUACAUCCUAAGAUAAAUCGGCCAACAGAUAAUGCGGCCGGCUUUACGGGAUGUAUUUGGCGAACGUAUUUCGUCGCGAAUGAACUAGUAAAACUUCAGAGCGCACGGAAACUGCCGGCGAUUGUUGUGUUUACGUGUGCAUAUUUGUUCUUGGCAUUGCUGCCGGGAUUGCCUUCCAUAAACACUCCGAAUGGGGUUACUGAUCUGCCGUCCAUUAAUGUGUCUUCCGCCUCGACAGUGCUUCCGCACACGGGACCGUAUUACUUUUUUACCGUAUCAGCGCUAACGAUUAUGGUGACGGCGGGUCUUGUGUACUUUGUGGUCAUUCUGCGCGAGAGAUUCUUUGGCAGUCCCAUUGGUGAGCUGGUGGAUGUUUGCACUUGGCUGAAUUGUAGUAUCUUUAUCCGCACACAUAGGUACUUUGCCUACUACAUCCAUGGACGCUCUGUUCAUCCUACUGCCGAAUUUGGCUUCCGGCAGUUGGUCGAUAUGGUGCAUAAUGAAGAGACAAAUCUGGUCAGCCGUCGCGGAUUUCAGGCUGACGGUGAUCCCCAAACGUUUUCCCUGGCGCUGCCGGACAUGUUCGCUACCCUGUAUGACCAGAUGUUGGAGGAGGCACAGUCCGAUUCGCACACAGCUGCACGAUCAGAUACUGAUGCUAAAAAGGAGCCGGAAGUCAACGGCGCAGCCGCCGUGAUCACCGCAUCAACCAACGUCCCACUACGAAUACCCACUGAGUCGGUAUUACGUAACCGAAAGGACGGCGCGGCCUCGCCGUCGUUAGGCAAAUUGAAACAAAGAGCCAAUAUUCACGACCGGGUCAAUCGAUUUUUGCGGGAUUUUCUCGAUCAUAAAUUCCACGAAGCUGAUUAUGUUUUCAAAUGGCGAAAUAUUCUGGAGAGUUUUCUGGACAUUGAACUGGGACCGGUGCGAAAAGUCGGAGUAAUGUAUUAUGAUCCGAAAGGGAAUUACACUGACUAUUUCUACAUAGGGCGCACAUUUGAUCUGCUGAUCUUCGAAGCGCUGCUUUUCUGCGUAGUAACGGUAUAUACCACCAAUUAUUCUCUUGGGCUCGUUUCCGUUCUGUUGGUUGGUUUUUUGUUAAAUGGAAUCCGGCACAUAUUCGGCAAAGUUAAUCUGGCUAGGAAAGCAUUUAUCUAUGGACGGUUCUUAAUGUAAAUAUUGUGUUUAUUGUGCGAAGUGCGCAUCAACGUGUGCAUUAGUCCAUGAUGUAACGCUCAACGUAAAAAUGUUUGACCAAAUCAGAUGAA